AUGCGUCGAGACCUUAAAGACCCCGACGAACAGUUCGGUCUCAUCAUUCUUGGCAAUUCCGGGGCUGGUAAAAGUUUCCUAGCCAACAUUCUUCUCGGUCGUGAACAAUUUGUUCACAAAUUCAGUUCAAGCUCAAUUACCCAUGAAACGGAAUUUGUUGAAAUCAACAUCGGCUAUUACAAACUGACUAUAUUCAACAUACCCGGUUUGAUCGAAGCUUCACAAGAACGUAUUGACUUGAACAAAAAAGAAAUUGAUCGAGCCUUUGCGCUACGACCUAAUUCAAUUAUUGUAUUCAUAUUUGGUCAACAGAAUGGUCGCAUCAAGGAUGAAGAUGUUACUGCAUUCAAUGCUAUCAAUACAGCAUAUCCGUUUAAACCCGAAUCCUUAGUAUUGGUCAUCAACGGUAUCCCGAAGAAACGACCAAGUGAUUAUGAGGGAGAGGCAAUUGUUCUACUGCAACAACUGCUGAAAGGUGUUGUUGUCAAUGACAAAAAUCUUUGCUUUUUGGAAUAUAUUGAUGAAGAUAAUCAGAAUGAGAGACAACAUCUCAAGGAAAAGCUAUUACAAAUUAUAGUCGAACAUUCACCGUCGAAACACGAAAAGCAAGGAGAGAUCGAGACAAUUCUCGAUCGUCUAAAAGGUGCACAGCGCGAAAUUCGCACACAACACGACCAGUUCAGAAAGGAACGAGAGAACUUCCAGAAACAAAUCGAUGAAAGUCAACGUGUACUCAACGAAACAAUAGCUAACCAUCAGAGCGAAACCCAAUCACUUCAGCGAGCAAUCGAAAGGCAGGACCAAAUCCUUGCUGAACAAAGGAAGAAGUUCGAAGAAGCAACCCAGAACUAUCAAGAUGAAUUGCAACGUACACGAAGGGAAGCAGCAGAAUCGCAACGGAUAUAUGAUAUCUUAGUGGAAGAUAGAAAAGCUACGCAGGAGCAAAUACGAGCUGCACAAGAAGCCAACAAUUUGCUUCAGGCUAAACUAUUCGAGUUAGCGUCUCGACCUCCGGCGGAACCAAGAGAAGGCGAUUGCGUCAUUUUAUAA